UUUGCCCUUUCCCAUCUCUUCCAAUCGGUAACAAUGGACGCCUCCGAGAAGAUUUCUUCUCCAUCAUCAUCUUUACCCUUCAAAUCGAAGAAAACUUUGCGCUCCAACUCCAAAUCCUUACUUCAGGAUCAACAAUCUUUGAGUUCCAAGACGCCGGAGAAGUCGGCGGAGCUCUCUACCAGAACUAGGAGCCGUAAGGUUGCGCUUUCAAUCAAAGAGGUGCGGCGAGCUGCCGAGAGUGUCCGUGAAUCUAAUCGUCAGCUGCCUCGUGAUCUGACCACUGAAGGGAGUAAAUCGGUCAGAAGGCAGAUAGAUUCGUGGUCGAAUGAAAGUCCAUCUAGUAGAUUCAAGACUUCGGUAGAUAAGUAUAAGAAGUUGCCUGAGAAAUUUGAAUUUCUGAGCAAGUUCUUUGAUAGCUUGGACUCUGUAAUGCGGUUGUUACGAUUUAAAGGUGUGGCAUCCAACUUCUCUAAUGUGUGUCCCAAGAUCGAAGUCCUUACUGAUAGGAGGUUUUCAUAUGGUCAUUUGGCCCAAAUGAAGUUUAUUGUACCUGAAGCAAUAGAGCUUAAGAAGGUCCUGAUCUUUGAUGAGCGGACCAGUUGUAUGAAACCAGAUCUUCACAUAUCUUUCAAUUUUGGCGUGCUAGAUAAUAAGGAUGACGUUGAAACAGGAAACCAGUAUAUGCAAUUGAGAAAGUUGUUCAAGGCACGGCUUUCAGAGUUUGCAAGUUCCCAUCCAGAGAUUGAUGAUGUUCCAAAGGAUUUGCUUCCAAAGCCAUUCAAUUGCUCAAGUCAAGAUCUUUUUCCAAAAACCAACUUUUUAUCAUCUGUCAAGGCACCAAUUGAGCAAUUGGCCGCUGAGCAACCAGCAAUUUCAUCAACAAGUGUUGCAGAAGAUCAUUCAAACGAAAAUCAAGGUUUUCGGAUAAUUAAAUCUACCAUGACUGUUACUGGCCCAAGUAAACAGAAGGAAUUAAUGGGGUUAUCUCAUUUUUCACCAUCUUUUACCCGGCGUUUCUCUCAAAAAGGUAGCAGAGAAAUGGAGAAAACUGGCCAAGCUUCUAAGCGUUCUGAUCAAAUUCCAUUUGGUUCCGAUGCCGAGACAAAAAUCGAGACAGAAUCUUCAUCUAUGCUUUUCUCCCCUGUUAAACUACCUUCCAACUCAACCUGCAAUUCAAAUUGUCCUGAAAACUAUGCUUCUCCACUUCGUUCUUCAGCAUUUCCCCUUCCCACUACUCCCAGUAAUAUGGCAGCUAGAGUAGCCAUUACAAAUGAAGAUGAGCCAACUGCAAAAACUAGUGAUAUAGAAUCAACUCCUGCAAAGCUUGUUUCGACCCCCGCUCGUCUGAUGGCUAGCACACCUGCAAUGGCUCCACCAAAAAGAAGUUCCAUGAGUCCCGAUGAUGAUGAUUCUUCUCGCUCAGCAAACAAGUUGGUUCGACGUCCUCCCCGCUCUAGAUCACUUGUAUUUGACACUCCCACAAAGGAAGAUAAAAAUGAUGAUCAAAAAGAUCUUACAAGAUGUGCAUCACCUGACGAUGACAUUUUAGAUAUUCUACCUCAGAGCCUUGUGCAAUCGAUCAGAGAGAAAGAAAGGAAGAUCAAAGAAGAACAAAUGCCGGCAAUAUCUCAAGCUAAGAGACGACAGAAAAUGAUUGCCAGCCUACCCAAACUCUUCAAUGCUAUCUUCUUCUUGUUCCACAAGCGCACAGUUAUUACCAGGGAGGAGCUAAUAUACAAAAUAAUCGUUGGCAACAUGGACAUUGUUGACAAAAAGGAAAUUGAAGAACAGAUAAAUUUGUUGCUAGAACUGGUUCCCGAAUGGAUUUCUGAGAAGUUGGCAUCCAGUGGUGAUGUAUUACUCUGCAUCGAUAAAUUAUCGAGUGCCGAGACGAUACGCGCUCGACUUGCAGAAGCUGAGUGAAGAACUUUGGAGCUGAAAAGUUGCUUGUUGUUGUUGCACGCCAGCGAUGGUCCAUUUUGUUUCCCAGCAUCUAACCUCGUAGUGUAGUGGUUACACAAUUCAAUUGCCAAGCUCAUAGCCUCAGUAAUGUAAAUUAACCAUAAACCUAGAAUACGAAAGUCCUAACUUGAAUGAACACCUUUUGUUUUGAUUGAUUCAUUACCCUUCACAGAAUUGGUGUCACCUCAUUGUCUAUCUGUGCGGAUAUAUAGCACUAGGAGGGUAGUUUCAAAUAUUCAUGAAAGAAAGUAACAUAUUAUUUAUGAACAUUCAGUAUUGAAUUCAAGGAGUAUGUACUAUUGUAGCAUUAUAAAUCUUUU